UGCGGAUAUACGACCACCGAGUCAUGCUGUAUCUCUUGUGGUCCGCACUAUUUAUCGUACCACACAUAGCCAAAGCAAGCACCGAAGGUUGGAUUGGCCUUUUAUUCUUAACAUUUCAUUAGUUGUUCAAUGGGUCAAUGAAACUGAGAAUUUCAGCGUUUGUUGUACACUUAAGCCAAAAGGUGAUCAAGCCGUGAUUCUCAAACUCAACGACAAACGUCUACAAGCGAUCAUCGAAUCCGAUUCCGGAUAUGAACGUUUUCUGGCCUACGAAGAACAUUUUUUUAAAGAUAACCCACAGUGGGCGGUGGAUCCCUUGUCUAAGCCUGAGUCCCAGAUGUGCGUUCACAAAAUUGGGGAUAUACCGAUGGAACUGAAUGCAAACGUGACUGUUGCUUGUGAAAAAAUCGCAAGGAUGGGUCUUGGAUCAGUGAAUGAAAGGGAGUUGAUUCGGAUCAAAGUAUAUCGACGGGUUGCAAUCAUCAACGUUCCGGACACCUACAGAGUAAAGGAGAAGGAGACAGCCAUCUUGACGUGCAACGCAACGGGAUAUCCCGAUCUUCACCUAAGUUGGAAAUCAAAGGAUAACGGAGAAUUACUGAAGGAAAACCGAUACAACAAACCGAACGGCCUUCUCGAACUGAUUUUGAACAAUGUGACAAGCAACCAACACGACACUUCUUACGUAUGCGAAGCCCGUACAAGUUAUCCGGUAGGCACCCCACCGGUGACUGCAGAAACCAAACUUGAAGUGUAUCUUCUGCCGACGAUCAAGAUGGAUUCGUACACGAUUCACACAGAACUAGGCGCACAGGAAAGUUUUCAAAUUUACGUAACUGGCUUUCCCGUACCGUCGUUGGUGUGUGAUGGCCUAGAGGUUGAAGGGCCACGUAAAAUUUGGGACGAACCUCGAGGUGGAACGCAUGCAUUUCUUGUGACAGUGGACAGCGUGAAACAAGAUCAUUUGACCACGUUCAUUUGUGAAGCGUCAAAUGAAGCAGGUAGCAAAAUAAAGGAGAUUACGUUUACGGUGGCACCUGCAAGACCGGUAAUUCUGUCACCGAACUGGACUUCCCAUGCUGAUUACUACUUGGUACAUUGGCGGACUCACUCCAGAGUUCCACUUGAAAAUGUGACACUGGAGGUCGAAGAGUACAACUCAAAUUCCACGGCCGGUCCAGUGAACCAGCGCAACAGAAAGCUUUUUUACAGUCUGGACCCAAACACAAUGGACAAGAAUGAGGUUUCCUUGGUAGCUCCUGGAGACAAUAAACAGGAACUAGAAGUACCAAGCACGGGCCCGUGGGAGCAGUUGGUUUGGCAUCAUUUGAGCAACCUGAGUGCGAAUACAGACCAUAUCCUCAGCGUAACAGUGUGUAACAAAUAUGACUGUGCCAGCUCCGUAGUCGACUCGGUGACCAAUAAUCCAUCGACGUUCACAUUCCGUACGGCCAAGUAUGACGGUUCAAACAAAAUCAAACCUGGACUACUCGCUCUUCCACCCAUGCAGCUUGCGAAAUUGCAAGAAGAAAAGUUCGAAAUGACCGUCACGCAAAUGGGUGGCAGGAUGGCCCGCCGUAAAACCAAUUCCUUCAUGGUACAUGCUUUUGUUGUCUGGAUCUUGUGCGCAAACCCGUGA